UCACAGAGCUUAUCACCCCAUUUUAUAAUAUAGCUACAUUGUUACAAUGAGUUAGCGCUACAUUUAUGAAACACUGUGGAAUUUAUAAUACGCGUGAUACAGGAAACGAUUGCCAGUUUGUAUCAUUGCGCAUAGGCAAAAUCGCAUAACUGCCAGCCGUGAUCGAAGAAUCAAGAGUAGAUUCUGUGACAUGUCAUUGUCAAAGUAGUUUAUUUGCACAACAGUAAUAGCUUAUUGUCUCUAGCCUACUUAUAACCUGCAAUGCGGCUCUCACUCGCAUGCCUCAAAAAGCCCAUUCUUCAUGGAUAUUUCAGGAGUUCAUGUUCUUGGAGGGUUCGAAUUGCUUUUGCUCUGAAAGGUAUUGAAUUUGACCAAGUCCCAGUCAAUCUUAUCAAAGAUGGGGGUCAGCAGCUUACAGACCAAUACAAGGCGUUAAACUCUAUGCAACAAGUGCCUGCUGUCCAAAUUGAUGGCAUCACCCUGUCUCAGUCGCUGGCAGUGAUCCAGUACAUUGAGGAGACCAGACCAGGACCCAGGCUUCUCCCUGCAGACCCAAAGAAGCGUGCCCAGGUGCGCAUGAUCUCUGACCUCAUCGCCUCCGGGAUCCAGCCCGUACAGAAUUUGUAUGUGCUACAGAAGAUUGGAGCAGAGAAGUUGCAGUGGGCGCAGCAUUUCAUCCAAAGAGGUUUUGAAGCCUUGGAGCCCAUUCUGAAAGAGACGGCAAGCAAGUACUGCGUAGGGGACGAGAUCUCCAUGGCAGACAUCUGUCUCGUCCCUCAAGUCUAUAAUGCUGAACGGUUCAAAGUGGACGUUGAUCAGUUCCCAACUAUCAAAAGGCUAAACCAAACCUUAAUGAAGGUAGAGGCUUUCAAAGUGAGUCAUCCAUCUUGCCAACCAGAUACACCUGCUGACAUAUGUACAUGAGAACCCCUCGGACAUCUACAGGAGCCAGUAGUGCCAUCAUCAUUGAAUACUUCAAUAAAAAUAUUUGAUGUGAAUCAUUUGGUUUCAAUCCCGUGACUUGAAAUAAGACUAAAAUAAAGAAUGUUUGGGUUAA